AUGCUCAUUGGGUUUAUUGGUAGCGGCAAGAUCGCCCAGGCGCUCAUCAAGGGUUUUCUCACUGCCGGCAUCACUCGCGUAGAGAGCAUUCUCGCCAGUGCACCAAAGGAUGACUUUAAGAACCACACCAAAACGAGGGACAUUGGCUGUCGGACGACGUACUUCAACCCCGAGGUGGUGAAGCACUCUGAGAUACUCAUUCUAGCGGUGAAGCCGCCUCUGGUGGAGUCCGUCCUCGCGGAGAUCAAACCGCUCGUCACACCAAAGCACCUGAUGAUAUCAAUCGCUGCAGGCAUCACACUGCAGACGAUGGAACGAGCACUGCCGCCGGAGGCUCGCGUCGUCCGCGUCAUGUCGAACACGCCGGUGCUCAUUCGCCAGGGCGCCACCGUCUUUGCGCUGGGCCAGAACGCCAGCAAACCUGACGGCGAUCUGGUGAAGAAACUCUAUGAAAGUGUGGGCAUUUGCGAUCAGAUUCCCGAGAACCUCAUUGACGCCGUCACCGCCCUCAGCGGCUCUGGUCCCGCCUAUACGUACAUGACAAUGGAGGCACUGGCCGACGCCGGUGUGCGUGAAGGCAUUCCACGGGAGCUCUCUUACAAUCUGGUCGCACAGACGCUCAUUGGAGCCGCCCGAAUGGUGCUGGAGACGGGCAAACACCCAGCCGGCCUGAAGGAUGACGUCUGUUCUCCGGCAGGCUGCACCAUCAACGCAAUGUACCACCUGGAGAAGCACGGCUUCCGCUCCAUGCUCAUGGACGCCGUACAGCUGGCCACCAAGGUGUCCAAGUCGAACAGUCAGUGA